GUCGAACGUACGCUCGCUCGCUCACUCGACGAUAGCUGACUUCGUUGCUUCAGCUUCAGCUUCAAUUGUUGUGUUUCAGUUUCUGUUUUCUGCGUUCCGUUCAUAGUCGUCGUUGUUGCCUUCGCCGUCGCCGUCGCCAUCGUCGUCGCGUCAUUUAUUUUUUGUUUUUUUUUUAUGUAGUUUUUGUUGUCGUGUUUUCGGUUUCGUGGCCGCGCGCUCCUCAAAUGUCGAAUCGAAAUCGGCAUCGAAAUCACCAAGAGAAUUCAAAUUGCAAUCGUUAUCGAAGUGGCAAAUCGAAAUCGCAAAUGUGCAAAGUGAUCGAACUCUAAACUUUACACGCAUUGCAAGUACACAAAGUUCACAAUAAGUUAAUGUAACAAAAACAACAAUUAACCACAGUGUAACAAUAACAAAUUACAACAACAACAACAACAAUUACCUCCGCACCGCAACAGCUGUACAAAUAUUAAUAACAAAACAACAACAAAAAUCGAAAAAGAAAAUAAAUACGACAAAAAAAAACAUAAAAAACAAAAUACAAAAUACAAAAUAAGAACAAAUGCAAAACUAAAAUAGCAGCAGCUGCAGUAACAACAACAACAACAACAACAACAACAAUAACAGAAAGCAUCAACCAAAUAAAUACAAAAAAAAAAAACAAGAGGGAAAAUGAAAGCAAAAAAUACUGUAUGCAUUUCUAUGGUCGAGUGUAUAAAACAUUAAAAGCUUACACAUUUUUAUAUCCACAAGAAAAAAGAAACAAAAACAUACACGCACAAACAGGAAGAACAAGAAAAGCACGGCAGAGUAAACAGUGUCAACUUGUAAGCUGCGACGCCAAUCCCGCCCCCCCAAAAGCCACCUACAGGAGCAGAGCAACAACAAUAGCAAAAGCAGCAGCAAAAGAAAUAAACAAACAAAUUGUGCGGCGUGUGAGCAACAGACAAACACAAAGCAAAAGCAAGAAAAAGUGACAUCGGCGUCGUUGUCGUCGUCUUCUUUCGCUUGCGCUGCCUCUGCCGCAGUCGCAGUCGCGGUCGCGGUCGCAGCUUCAGCCUAUAGUCAAAGUCAAAGCUUAGCAGAGCAGUAAAAGCUUCAAAUCGACAACAAGAAUAAUAACAACAACAACAACAACAACAGCAGCAGCAACAACAACAAGAAGAAGCAGGCGACCAAGCACUUCAUGCAGCAAAAUAAGAAACAGCGCAAAACAUCCCCCCGAUCAAAAUGAGCGCCCUCGACUCGUACCUGAAGCGUCCAGCGAAGUCGGGCGCAACUUCGACUUCGACGGCGAUCAGGACGAGCGGCAGCCAGUUGAGCGAUGCGGCGAUAGCUGCGACAACGGCGGACGUGGAUGAUCUCAAAACAGACAUUCCCUACUUUGAUGAUCCACAGCAGCCAGAGCAGCAGCAGCAGCAAACAGAGCAGCAGCAGCAGCAUCGCUAUGCAUCCGCCUGGUCGCCGCCGGAUGAGAAUGCCGAUGACGAUGAUACGCCGGAGCCUGAACUAGAGCGGGAAACGGAACUGGAGCCGGAGUUGGACACCGAGCAGGGCAACGACAACGACAACGAACUGGGCAAUGAGCUGGACGACAGCUAUGCGGAUGAGGAUUACACGAGCGGCAGCAGCAGCUAUUAUCAAGCGCCCACGCCAGCCAAUAGCGAGAUUAUGUUGCGCCCGCCAUCCAACUCCAGUUUCCACUACAACUAUCCAACGCCAGCGCCCGGUGCCGGGCCAGGACCAGGUGGCGGUGGUCACGGUGCCAUCGCUGGCAGCAGCGGCAACGUCAGCGGACAGCAGCGACUCCAUGCCUCCGGCUACACACAUUCCCAGACAACGUUGGCGCCGCCACCGCCGUCGUCAGCGGUCAGCGGUUUCUAUCCCAACAUGUGGUAUCCCAAUGCGCCAUAUGGCAGUGGUGGAGCUGGAGCAGGAGGCGGAGUAGGAGGCGGACCAGGAGCGGGACCAGGAGCAGCACAUGGCUAUGGGCGUUAUGGUGGAUUUGGUGGCGUGCCGCCUGGAGCAGCCGCAUAUGCAGCGGCAGCGGCGCAUGGCAUGCUCCAGCAUGGCCAUCAUCCGCAUCCGCAUCAACAUCCGCAUCCGCAUUCGAUGCAUCCGCACCCGCAUCCACACCAUCCGCAUCCACAUCCGCACUCGCAUCAUCCGCAUCCACAUGCGCAUCACCAGCAUCCGCACGAGACGAUGAUGGAAAUGUUCCAGCUCUCCAAUAGCGGCCGCGAGGCACGCAACCGGGCGGAGAAAAAUCGCCGCGACAAACUGAAUGGCUCCAUACAGGAACUGUCCACGAUGGUGCCACAUGUGGCCGAGUCCCCGCGACGUGUUGACAAAACGGCUGUUCUGCGUUUUGCUGCACACGGUUUGCGGCUCAAAUACGUGUUUGGCAAGAUGCUGCACGAGCAACGGCCGCAGGUGACGGAUACACUGAUGGGUAUGCUGGAUAGCUUUUUCCUGACGCUCACGUGUCAUGGUCAAAUACUGUUAAUAUCGUCGAGCAUCGAACAGCAUUUGGGCCACUGUCAGACGGAUCUGUACGGCCAGAGCAUAUUGCAGAUCACACAUCCCGAGGACCAUGAAAUGCUCAAGCAACAGCUCAUACCCACCGAGCUCGAGAAUCUCUUCGAUGCGCACGCUGAAGCCACCGAAGCGGGCCCCAGCGCCGGUGGUGCCUGUGGUGAUGGUGAACAACGUCAGCGCAGUAAAUCCGAGGAGGAUUAUAUCGAUCACAAGUUACGCGAUGAUAAGCGCAGUUUUCGUGUGCGGUUGGCGCGCGCAGGUCCUCGCUCCGAACCCACCGCCUACGAGGUGGUCAAGAUCGAUGGCUGCUUUCGGCGCAGCGAUGAGGCACCGCGUGGCGUGCGCUCCAAUACAUUUAGCUCCAGCCUGCAACUGAUACGACGAACACGCGGACGUGACGAUGCCAUUCCAUUGCACACAAUUAGUGGCAAUGAUAUUGUGUUGACGGCGUGUGCGCGCAUCAUAAGGCCACCAAAGAUCGUGAACCGUCUGUUCGAUGCCAAUACGCUGGAGUACCGCACCAGGCAUCUGAUCGAUGGUCGGAUUAUUGACUGCGACCAGCGCAUUGGCAUCGUGGCCGGCUACAUGACGGAUGAGGUGCGCAACCUGAAUCCAUUUACCUUCAUGCACAACGACGAUGUCCGCUGGGUGAUUGUCGCGUUGCGUCAGAUGUAUGACUGCAACAGUUCGUAUGGCGAGUCAACGUACCGGUUGUUCACGCGCAAUGGAAACAUCAUUUACCUGCAGUCCAAGGGAUUUCUCGAGAUUGACAAGGAGACAAACAAGGUGCACUCAUUUGUUUGCGUCAACACGCUGCUGGACGACGAGGAGGGCAAACGACGGGUUCAAGAGAUGAAAAAGAAAUUCUCGGUGAUUAUCAACACACAAAUACCGCAGUCAACAGUCGAUGUGCCCGCCUCCGAGCAUCCCGCCCAGCUGGAGAAAGCCGUGCUGUGUUUAAUACAAAAUCUGCAGAAUAGCGUGUCGGACAACGAUACCGAUCAGCAGGAUGGCGAUGAUGACGAGGACGAUGAGAUCGAAGAGGGUUUCGGCAACAUGUCAUCCUACGGUCAACUAACCUAUCGCCAAUUGAACGAGCAUCAAACCCAGCACGAGCAACAGCAUCAUCAACAGCAGCAACAGCAGCAGCAUCAACUGCAGCAGCAACAUCAGCAGCACCCGCACCAUCAGCAACACCAUCAACAGCAGCAGCAGCAUCAGCAUUCACAUCAAGCCCGCUCACAUCACACGUACCUCGAGAGUCCCAUGUCCCAGGCGCGUCUGAGCGCCGGCCAUGGCAUGAGCAGCGCCAAGACGCCGCCGCUUGCGCUGGUGCCGCCUGAGACGGCAUCGGUGAAGUCAUCGAUAUCGAAGAGUGUCAGCGUCGUGAAUGUGACGGCCGCAAAGCAUUUGCGUGGCAUCCACGCCACAGCUUCAGCUGUUAAGUCGCCCAGCUUAAAGUCAACGACGUCCACAAUGCUGGACAGCUGCAGUUGCCUAGAUGCCGGCGACAUGGACUGCGAUUAUUGCCAGGGUGGCCCUCUGACGCCCGAGACGCUCGUCAGCAGCAGCAACAGCAACUCGACCAACAAUCUGAAGCGCAGCGGCAGCGUCAGUGGUGUGCCAAAUGCCCAGGAGUUGGCUAAGCGACGCUUCAUGAACAGCACGGGAGAUGAUCUGACUGCUGAGAUCGAAGACGUGCUAAGCAACUCGUUGCAACAAAUCGAGCGCAAUCUGAACCAUCAGCUCAACAUGGCCGCCCAGCUGCGGGAUCAAAACAAUCGCUUCGAGCUGCCACUGGCCAGCCAGCGAAUGGAAGAGAUCAUGAUUUUGCAGGAGGAGCACGAGAAGCAGAGCAAACUGUAUGUGAACAUCAAGAGCGAGUACGAGGAGCAUUUGCAAAAUAACAAAGCCAGCACAGCAGCAAAGUCCGAGAGUGAUUCGACAAGCACUGGAGGAGUCGGAGGAGGAGGAGGAGGAAGAAGCAGUGGAGCUGGUGGCGAAGCAGCUGGAGAUGCGGUCAGCGAAUUGGAGCAGUUGUCACCACGCUGAGCAUGCCAAGAAGAGGGCAGCAAACAAAAGGGUUUCAGCUUCAGAUGUGAUACAAAAACAAAAGAACGUGGCAGCCAAAUAGCCCAGAGAGAGAAAGAGAUAGAGAGAGAGAGAGAGAGAGUGGAAAUGGAAGUGGAAGUGAGAGAGAGAGAGUGAGAAAGUAAGAGUGAGAGAGAGAGUCUAACGUUGAGUUGAGCGACUACUUAAGAUGUUACUUUAGAGUGCUACACAACUAUUUACAUGAUUAUAUAGAAUGAAGAGAUGAAGAGAUGGGAUGAGAGCAUAUACAUACAUACAUACAUAUAUAUAUAAAUAUAUAUAUUUGAUCCUAACCAAAACUAAUGAGUGAGCAUGCAACAAAACUACUUUACGAUGUGGGUGGGAGUCGAGGACUCGCCCGGCGGCUGUUUAUUUAAUUAUUUUCGUUAACCACACAUCUACGAUUAGAAUUUAAAUUUAAUUUUGUAUGCACACACACACACACACACACACAGAUACAUACUACACACACAUAGUUAAUAGUUAAAGUUAAUUAAUUAAUUAUAUAUACACACAUACAUACUAUAUAGUGCAAAAGAGUUUGUUAAUUCAUUUAAAUUUAUAGUCACGCACAACAACAACAACAACAUCAAGUACAGCAACCACAACAACAACAAAUUACAACAAUUAUUAGCUUAGGCAUUAUAAACUACAAACUAAACGUGAUAAAAGACUGUUACUAUUAAUGUUAGCAUUAUAAUUAAACCAAGAAGAUGAAGAUGAAGAAGAAGGUAACCACACAACAACAACAACAACAACAAAAAUGAUAACUUAAAUCUAUAUAAAUUGAAUGGCAUAGUUGCAAAUUUUUAAAUAGCUAUUAAACGUACUCUAUACAUAAAUGUUUUAAAUGUCUUAUGCUCUAAGAGAACCAAUAUCCCCCAAUCCCAAUCCCAACCCUUACCCCUAACCCCCUCUCACCCUAGCAACAGUUUGUUAUGUGAAUAGGUGAAUAAUGAAUGUUAGUGUUACACUAUGUGGAAUAUAUGUAUAUACAUGCAUACAGCAAAGAUAUAUAUGUUAUAUAUGAACAUACAUAUAUUUUGGAGCGAACUCAGUACCAAAAUCUGAUUGCGAAUUGUUGUUAAACUCAGGGCAACAAUAAUACUAUAAGCGCCAAGUACAAUUUACAACAACAACAUAUAUAAAUAACAAAGCUUAUAGAUCCCCUUCAGGGUCAAGAACUACGAUAUACUACUAUUACAACAACAAAAAAUAAGCCCUAAUUAUAAAAAUGAAAAA